AUGCUUGAAGUGGGAACGCCUGGUCAAACCACUCCCUGUGUCUGCCCGUCUAGCUAUCAGUGCACAUUGUGUGUGACCAUGACAAUACGUAAUCGAGCGCCCGAGGACUGGCAGAAAAGACACACAGAUACGCUUGUAUGCACCCACGCACACGUCAUCGGGUCUUUAAUUCGAAAGUGGAGUUAUAUUAACAGUAACAAUAUGCCAGCUUCAUUCGAGACCCAUUCAGCCAUGACUCAGCGGCCAACAGGAGCAGCGAAGGAGAAUACCAAGAAGGCAAGGAAAUCACCCAUGCCUGCAUCAAGGGGAAGGGAGAAUGGAGAAUGCGGUGUUUCUAAAGAACUCCACGAUGCUUUUGUCCUCUUUGAUGUCAACCACGACGGUCGAAUCACGGAGUUUGAGUUGAAUUCAGUGCUCAGUUUCCUCGGGAUCAAGGCAUCUGCUUCGGACGUGAAGAGGAUGAUUGCCGAUGCAGACAUAGAUGGUGAGUUUAGUACCAACUUAAGAUGCAUUGUCACCUUUUUUUGUAUCAAGUGUGAUUUACGUAAAGAGCGGCCUGUACUAAACUGCAUUACCACUGCAAAUUCUGGCGCGCCAAUGCAUAGUUUUAUGCCAUUAAUUACUGCCAUGGUCUCAGCUCAGGCAGAUCUACUUUACGACAUACAGCCCCCAUCCAUACUCUCCCUUCCCACCUGGUUCUUCUCAGCAAGAGCUGGCAAUCCGGCUCACGAGCUUGUCACGCUGUCAAUGGAGGACAGAUGGCCCUUGUUUACUGACCUCUCCAUCGUUGUUGUCUAUCCGACUAUUUCGACACUUUCCGGUGAUUCAUCAAACCCAUGCGCUUGUAUUCGUGGCUCAGUUUCAUAG